AUGAUCGACGAGUUUGAAUACGGCGAAGACAGCGGCGAGGGCAGCAGCAGCAGCGCCGAAGAGUCCGAGAAAAAAGAGACAGCAGCAGUUGCUGCAGCAGCGUUUGUCUGUCUAAAGGAGACACUUGCUGCCUCCAGCUCCAACUCUGAAGGAGGCGAGUCAGGUGAUGAGGAAGAAGAAGAUGACUCUGUUGUAGACCCUAAAGGAUGGAGGGCCUUUAGGCCGAGGCUGCGGGCGAUGCUGGAGCCGCAGCAGCUGCAGCACAUUGAGCACCUUGAGGCCACACUGCAGAAAAUGCCGGAGAGGGCUCAAGGGCCUGAAGCUGUGGCCGAGCUGGAAUCCAUUGUGGGACGAUAUAUACGUCGCGCGUGCGCCGCUGGGAUGCCGAAGAGUCCUGACGACCUCGUUAUCAUUGAUUUG